AUGCCGAACUCCUCCUCAAAGAUUGCCGCAAGUGCUGACACCACCGAGUCCAGGACGCGUGGACCUCCUGUGAAUAACGGGGGCCUAAGUCUCUGGCAGCAAAACACACGGUCCUACUCGAAUCUUGAAGCAAACAGGAAUGCCCUUCUGCCUUCUGAGUCGAAAUAUGUUGUUAUCGGUUCUGGUAUUGCUGGUGGGCUGUUGACCCAUAAACUGAUUCAGGCUGGUGUACCUGGAGAGGACAUCCUCCUCCUCGAGGCCCGCGAGGCCGCCAGUGGUGCAAGCUCCCGAAACGCUGGCCAUGUGCGACCCGAUGCAUUUCGGGGUUUCGAGACCUACGCGGAGCAUCACGGCAAAGAACAAGCACUCAAGAUCCUAGCAAACGAGCGCGUCGUUCUCGAAAAGGUGAACCAGUUUGUUCGCCAACAUGACGUUCCGUGUGACUUCAACUACACUACCACGCUCGAAUGCUGCAUGACGCCCGAGUUUGCCGGCUACGAAAGGAGGAACUACGAUGCCUUCCGAAGGGCUGGGGGUGAUUUGUCCCACGUCAAGCACUAUACAGGCGAGGAAGCGGCAGAGAAGACCGGGAUCGCUGGAGUUGUUGAAGCUUACGAGUGGCCAGCUGGAUCAAGUCAUCCGGCGAAGCUGGCUCAGUGGCUUUUGGAUGCUGUCAUCGACAAGGGCGUGCGGCUGUACACAUACUGCCCGGUGGUUCGAGUGACGGCAGACAAGUCCUCGGUAAAGCACCACAGCAUCCCCUCUCCGCUCUGGGACGUGCAGACCCCUCGCGGCACCAUCCGGGCUGUCAAGGUGGUCUACUGCACAAAUGCCUUCACCGGCCAUCUGCUCCCACAGCUCGCCCCCCAUAUUGUUCCAUACCGUGGGCAAGCACACGCCAUUGUUCCGGUCCCUGCGCUCACCGGUUCCAAGAUGCUGCGCAGCACGUACUCUCUACGAUACUCCCUGAACCACUACUACUCCAUAAUUCAACGUCAAAGCGAUGGCACCGUCAUUCUGGGGUGCUCGCUCCCCAAUCCUAAACUCCCAGAGGAGGUGAUUCGGGGUGUACGGACAACAGACGACACGCAGUUCAACAAGGCCAUCAAGGACGAUGCCUUGCGCCACUUCGAGGCUUUCUUUCCGGAUAUGGGAAUUGACCACGCCGUCUACGGGGAGGGCCUUGCUCACGCCUGGAACGGCAUCGUCGGCUUGACAAGCGACGAAGUUCCCUUCCUGGGCCCUGUCGAUGGUAAACCCGGCCAGUUUGUUUGCGCUGGUUUCAAUGGCCAUGGCAUGGCACGUAUAUUCACGAGUGCGCCUGGUGUAGCCAAAUUGAUCCUAGGUCGCCCUUGGGCCGAGACGGGACUGCCUGAGUGCUUCAGAUUCAGCCAGGCCCGGCUUGAUAAGCUGACGAGUUCGCUUAAGGUGGCAACGAAGUCGAAGAUGUAG